UAGUGAAAUGCAUCUCUGUUUGUACGCGCAAAUUUUGCAAAUUUCGGAAAUUUCAUCGUCGGACGGAAAUUUGCGCUAAUUGGAGUUUUCUUUUUAAUUUGUUAACAAAAUUUUCAUUAAGGAAACAAAGAUCCAGUAAAAUGAGUGAAGAAGUAGAUACUGAAGAUGUGCUGCGCAUAAUGGUGGCUACGGAUAAUCAUCUGGGCUAUGCCGAGAAAAAUGCAGUGCGCGGUGAUGAUAGUUUCAUAGCUUUUGAGGAAGUACUCGAACUGGCUGUGCAGGAAGAUGUAGAUUUCAUUUUACUGGGGGGUGAUCUAUUUCAUGAUGCCGUACCCAGUCAGAACACGUUACACAACUGUAUGAAACUGCUCCGGCGCUACACGUUUGGCGAUAAACCAAUAAACAUUGAACUUCUUAGUGAUCAGGCUGUAAACUUUCACAAUGCAGUCAAUGAGACGGUCAACUACGAGGAUCCAAAUCUGAAUGUAGCCAUACCGGUAUUUUCCAUACAUGGCAAUCAUGAUGACCCCAGCGGUUUUGGUCGUCUUAGUUCACUUGAUUUGCUCUCCACCACGGGAUUGGUAAACUACUUUGGCCGCUGGACUGACCUCACUAAAGUAAAUAUCAAUCCAGUACUUUUACGUAAAGGUCAAACGCAACUGGCACUUUAUGGUUUAAGUCAUAUCCACGAUGCACGCUUGCGUCGACUUUUCGAGGACUUUAAAGUCAACAUGGAGUAUCCUAGUUCAGAAGAAGGUGAAUGGUUUCACUUAAUGGUGCUCCAUCAGAACCACGCUGACCGCGGUCCGAAAAGUAAUAUACCCGAGGAAAUGUUACCCGAUUUCUUGCACUUAAUUAUUUGGGGACACGAACACGAUUGCCAUAUUGAGCCACAGUUUAAUGCAAAACGCAACUUCUAUGUUAGCCAACCAGGAUCAUCUGUCGCGACUUCGCUGGCUGAGGGUGAGGCCCUUAAGAAACAUGUGGGCCUGUUGGAAAUACAUAAAACACGUUUUCAAAUGAAACCGAUGCCACUACAAACUGUACGUCCAUUUGUAUUCGAUUCGGUAGAUUUGUCGCAAAUAGCGGAAGAACUAAAAUUGGAUGAAGGUGAUGUAACAAACAAGGUAAUAGCCAUGGCAAAAGAGCGUGUUGAAGAUAUGAUCAUCCGCUCCAAGGAACAGUUAACAGGACAUCCGAAGCAACCGAAAUUGCCGUUGAUUCGUCUACGUAUCAUAUUCUCCAGUGAGGAGCAAAUGUUUAAUGCUAUUCGCUUUGGUCAGUCGUACAAUGAGCAGGUGGCCAAUCCUGCAGACAUGAUACUUUUUAAAAAAGUGUUAAAACGUGUUAAGGGAGAGUACAGCGAUGGAGACAAGGAGGCUUUAAGGGGUGCUUUAGAUGGAAUACAAAUUGAUUCAAGCAGCGAAAUGAAAAUUGAGAACUUUAUUGAGCGUUAUUUCCAAGAAAUACCCGCUAAGCGCCAGCUUAAAGUCCUUUCGCCAAAAAUAUUGUCGGAGAUUUGCAAUCGUCUUGUCGAAAAGGGUGAUGUAAACGCAGCUGAGGGCAUCAUAAAACACUGCAAAUAUGGCGCUUUAGAACACUUAAUGGAAUCUCUACCCGCCGACGAUGAAGUCGAGGAAUCGCUAGAAGCAUUUAAUAAAACGCUUUCACUAGAUGAUAUAAUAAAUCGCCUAGACAAUUUAAGCUCAAAGGUGAAAGCUAAUGUGAGCGACACGUCUUUAUCCUCCACAAGUAGCAAGAGUAGACAGUCCGCGAGAGGUACGAGUUCCUAUGUUAUCCCAGACGAUGAUGAAAAUGAUAGUGAUGUUGAGCCGCUCGCAAAAAAAGCUACCAAAAAGCAAGCCAAAACAGGAAACAACUUUUUCCUAGACGAUAACGAUGAUAGUGAUAACGAUGCGGGACCUGCGACUGCUAAGACAAUAAAUUCCACACGCGGAAAGAAAACGACUAAAGCUGAAACUGGCGCUAAAACAAUCGCUGGACGCGGGCGCGGUAGAGGACGUGGGCGAGGUGCUGCACCUCCUCCAACACGUACCACACGCCAAGCCUUGGAUGUAUCUGUUAACUCUACGCGAUCUACUCUAUUGGAGUCAUUGGCAAAUGCGCGCUCAAGACGUGGCGUUAAAAAUGCACCAGUUAUCGACAUUUCUGAUUCAGAGUGAUUUUCAUUAUUAAAUAUAUUUUUCCACUUUAUCGAUUAACUAUGUAUCUGCAAGCAAAACUAAUUGCUAAAUUCCAAUCGCUUUAUGCCACUGCCAUCUACAUAUGCACAUAAGUAUGUGGAUGGAUUUGAUUUAAUAUAAUCCGUUCUCUUUAUGACUGAAAUAAUCCUUAUAAAUAUUUUUACGCUGUUUAUGCCCUGUUAUGGGCAAAUCCUGAUUCAAAUAAUUUUCCCAGUUUUAUUUUUUA